CUACAUUUCGCUCUGUCAGUUAGUUACAAGUGUCAGCGGUACCUAUCUACCUGGUAACCUCGCUUGGAUACCUGGCAGGGGAGGACGUGUCUAAUUUUACCCACAUUACCAGGUGAGGUAGAGGUAUGCAGGGAAGAGGAUUAACAACAAACACAAGGUCAAGCUGCAAAUGACCUCUUCUCAACUUUGACAUCCGAUGUUACCUAUCUACCUACCUACCUACCUUAACCUACCUACCUACCUAGCUUGUACGUUGUACUGGACAACACCACACGGUCGUCUGUCGCUACUCGUGUAAAUUGCCCCUGCCCCGCCUUUUACUUCGAGUCGUAAAGACUUUUGCUCCGCAAAAUCAGCCAGCCAGCAAGCCCACCCACUUCCUUCUUGGCCCGCUCCCCAGCAAAAAGCUGGCCAUCCUUCGCAACCCCACCAUGCGGGCAGGCCGCCCUCCCACCACCACCAAAAAAGCACUUUACCUGCGAAGUCUGGCAGCCCUCCUCGUGCCCCCAAAAGCCCGUGGAGUUCAUGACUGCGGAUCUCUGUCAGAACUAGACAAUUAACAUCAACCAUUGUUCCAAUUAACCAACCAACUCAACACUUCAAGCAGCACUCCUGAAACGGUAUCCAAAGCGCAUGCGUUUGCCCAACGAGACCACCAUCUGCCAGUGAGAUAUCGCUUGCCCUAUGGGCUUGCCGUCACAUCGACAAAUUUCCACCAGAGGACCGACCACUUAGCUUCGCGGAAGUGCAGGCGACCGCAAAUAUGGCGUGGCAACCAAGCACAGAGUCUCUUCAGACUCUGGCAGUAUGCCUCAAGGAUUCGCUGAGCGCCUUCAACAAGGAUUCCCAGAAGCAGGCCGAACAGAUGCUCAGCCAGGCCAAGGCAUCCCCCGACUUUAACAACUACCUCGCAUUGAUCUUUUCUUCUUCAGAGUCUCUGCCAGGAGUGCAAAUCGGCCAGCAAGACCUUCACGUUAUACGGGCCGCCGCGGCGAUAAUGCUGAAGAACAGCAUCAAAAACGACUUCAAGCAAAUUCCCGAAUCGAGCUUGGAGAUGAUCAAGCAAGCUAUCCCCAUUGGAAUCCAGGACAAGAACUCGCAGAUCCGCAGCUAUGCCGGCAACAUCGCCACGGAGCUGAUCCGUAGAGGUGGUAUCUUCAGCUGGCCGAGCUUUCUCCCUGAGCUUCUGGCCAUGUUCAGCAACGAGUCAGGCCAGGUUACUCCCGAGGCGCAAGAGGGUGCCAUCUCAGCAAUGGCCAAGAUAUGCGAGGACAACACCAAAACACUGGAGCGUGAACACAAUGGCCAGAGGCCCCUGAACUAUCUCCUACCCAAAUUGAUCGAAGCCACCAAGAACCCCCAGCCCAAGGUCCGGGUGCAUGCUUUGACGGCAAUCAAUGUUUUCACCUCGCGCAAGUCGCAGGCCAUGCUGAACAAUAUUGACAGUCUGCUACAGCACCUGUUCUACCUGUCCCAGGAUGACAAUGUUGAUGUGCGGAAAGAGGUUUGCCGGGCCUUCGUACGGCUUGUCGAAACGAGGCCAGACAAGCUGCAGCCUCAUAUCGCUGAUUUGGUUGAUUACAUCAUCGUUCAACAGAAGAGCGAAGAUGAAGAACUUUCUGUCGAGGCCGCAGAGUUCUGGCUGUCUGUUGGUGAGCACGACGACCUGUGGCAGCUCCUUAUCCCUCAUAUCCAAAAGAUCAUGCCCGUUCUAUUGGAUUGCAUGCGAUACAGUGGAGAGGAUAUUGCUGCACUUGAAGGUGCUUCUGAUGAUGAGGAUGAGGACGACCGUGCAGAAGAUAUCAAACCGCAAUUUGCAACCAAAAAGCUCACAAGGGCAGCAAAUGGGGAGGUUUUGGAUGGUUCCAAGGAUGGCAAUCCAGGAUUCCAGAGGUUGGACGACAUGAAUGACGAUUUGGAAGAGGGCGAACUCGAGGACGACGAGGAGGGUGACGAGAACCCCGAUGAGAAAUGGUCAGUUCGCAAAUGCUCGGCCGCCGCUCUGGAUGUCUUCGCUCGCGACUUCAACGCCCCUGUAUUCGAAUCUAUCCUACCCUACCUGAGCCAGAAUCUCAAGCACGACGAGUGGCCUCAUCGGGAAGCAGCAGUGCUCGCACUUGGUGCCAUUGCCGACGGAUGCAUGAAUGUCGUCACACCUCACCUCCCGGAACUCGUCCCCUACCUUAUUUCGCUUCUCAACGACACCGAACCCGUGGUCCGACAAAUCACCUGCUGGACCCUUGCACGCUAUUCCUCGUGGGCUGCCGCUCUGACUGAGCCGAACGAUAAGCAGCAGUACUUUGUGCCCAUGAUGGAAGGUAUCUUGACCAAAAUGCUGGACAAGAACAAAAAGGUUCAGGAGGCCGCUGCGUCGGCCAUGGCUAACCUCGAGGAGAAGGCCGGUAAAGUGCUGGAGCCCUACAGCGGACCGAUCAUCCAACAAUUCGUCCGCUGCUUCGCCAAGUACAAGGACAAGAACAUAUAUAUUCUGUAUGACUGCGUGCAGACGCUGGCCGAGAGCAUCGGGCCUGUCUUGGCCACACCGGAGCUCUCCAACACGCUAAUGCCCGUACUGAUCGAUCGCUGGCAGAAGGUGCCAGACCAGUCGCGCGAGCUGUUCCCGCUGCUCGAGUGUAUGUCGUACGUGGCCAUGGCACUUGGUGACUCUUUUGCACCAUACGCCCAACCCAUCUUCAGGAGAUGUCUCGAGAUAAUUCACCAAAAUCUGGAGCAGUCACAUCAUGCAAAGAACAACGGGGCAAUCGACCAACCUGACAGGGAUUUCCUCGUCACCAGCCUAGAUAUGCUGAGUGCCAUUGUUCAAUGUUUGGAGCCCGCAAAAUCCUCUGAGCUUGUCGGGCAGUCAAAUCAGCAACUUUUUGAGCUCCUGGGCUUGUGUAUGGAUGACCUUGCAGACGAAGUCAAGCAAUCCGCAUACGCCCUUCUUGGUGACUGCGCGCGCUAUGUGUUCGGGCAGCUUCAGCCCAACUUGGCCACCCUGCUCCCAAUCUUAUUGAAGCAGCUGGACCUGGAUAAUCUCUUGGACGAGGAGAUGGACGAUGAUUUUGGCGUCGUGAACAAUGCUUGCUGGAGCGCCGGUGAGAUCGCGAUUCAGCACGGUAAGGGCAUGGCACCCUUCGUCCAGGAGCUGCUGCAGCGAUGCGUCGAGAUCCUCUCCAACCCUCGAGUCCCCAAGAGCGUUAGGGAGAACGCUGCAAUCGCCCUUGGAAGGCUAGGCAUCGAUAAUGCUGAACUUCUGGCCCCCCACUUGAACAUGUUCACGGAUGACUUUCUCAACGCCAUGGACGAGGUUGAUCCGUCCGAGGAAAAGGCCACGGCAUUCAAGGGCUUUGCGCUCACCGUGUCUAGGAACCCUCAAGCGAUCGAGAAGGACAUCCCGCACUUCUUCUUGGCCAUCGCGAAGUACCGGGACCUGGUAAAUCUAAGAAGUCCCAUCAAGCAGGAGCUGCAUGAUGCAUUCAGGAAUGUCAUCAAUGUCUACCAACAAAUCAUCCCACAGUUUGAUUCAUUCUUAUCUACAAUGCCCCAGGAUGCCCAGGCUAGUUUGAAGCAGCUCUACGGGAUUUGAAGUGAGACUCAUUCUCCAUGACACUGCUGCCAAUCCACCCUGGGUUUGUCACAGAAAGGCAUGAAUUGGCAUUCAAACACGGAAACAUCGCCUAAAGCCAGCGCUACAUCGGUGUCUACUGCCAGCUUGCUUUCAUAACCUAUCUUGCAAUUUCAUAAUCAUGCGUCAUUUCGUUAAAUCUUCUUUCACAUCUCCAAGAUGGCGGACUGGUUAGGAGUGAUCUGUUUUUUUUUUCUUCUUUUUUUAACUGGCCACGGCGUUUCUUUUCUCGGGCAGUGAUGCGAGCAACGAAGUCACGAUCGGGAAUAUUGCUUUCGUAGGUGUCUGGAGCAAUUAUGCUACACAUGGCAAACGGUGUUUGCUAGCCAGGAGGCAAAAACUGACCGAGCCUAUUAUGGGUCAAGUACGGUAAAGAUGCUUAGGGGGCACGUUGUUGGACUUGGCCUUGAAGACAAAGGUCUCAUAGGACGACCGCUAGUAAUUACGGUCAGGUUCUGGAAAACAAGGGAGUUGAGCUUCAAUCAGCACGACGAAGAUGUGUGCUAGAAGAAGAGACACCCUGGGGCAUUCAACGGCAAAAGUCAUACGGACUCGUUGGCCGUCACAGGGGGCCAGAAGCACUCGUAUCAAACUGGUAUAGGGAAUUCGGGCGGAUUCGAGCAAUCAUCAAAGCUUGCAAGACGGCUACUCCGGUUCUUUCACACGGCAGAGUACCCCUUGUGGUUUCUGGUGAUAACAAGGGUGUUUUGCAGAAAGAGGUUGGUAUCUCGACUGUUCAAAACGUGAACACGGCUAAAGAGGAGGGAAAAAUUGGCCCAUACAGGAGGGACGAACGGGAACAAACAAAAACAAACCUUGGGACGAUCUCUGUUCUUCUUCUUAAAUUUGUUUUUAUCGGCAUUGCAUAGUACCUAGGUAGAUAUCCCCACGCGGUCAAAUCCAGUAGAUAGGUAGAUAGAUGACAAACUCGAAAAAAGUAGAUAGUUUCUCAUGUACAUAAUACUCGAGGGUCCCGAUUGCUUUGAGAAUGGCCAG